AUGUCCUUUCCAGAACUUGAAUCAUUGUUGACUAACUAUAUCAAUGGUACCUACUUUCAUGACGACAAGAAGUUGAGUGAUGCUUUCAAGUCAAUCAACAAACAAAUACGUAGUUCAUCUGUAGAGGCCAACAUAAUCUUGAAGAAACUGUUGCCAUUAGUGUCAAGCGUACUCAAUGUGAGAGGAGCCAACUUUGAUCCAUUGUGCAAUCACUUUAGUAGCCUGUUCAGUGAUUUGAUCAAACGUGGCGUCAUUAAGAAUAUGGACCAGACUUUGAAAAGUGAACCAAGCAAGUCAGUCUUUGAAGAUGCCAAAUCAUAUCUUUCCCAUGCAAUACUAUCUCCUAAUUGGACAUACUUUGUACUGGUUGAUCAAGGCUUUCUUAAACAGUUGAUGGGCAGCAUCAGCAGUAGCAAAACAGCUGGCACAGACAAUCAAGUUGGAAUGUUGGCAGUAAUCUAUGCCAAUCUGAUCAGACUAUAUUCUGACUGUCCAAACUGCUACCUAAACGUUGUAACUGCAUUUGGUGACACAACUAUCGAACUCUAUAUCAAGUACUGGACACUCAUAACAUUGCCAGAUGACCUAAUCCCAACAUUUGUUCACGACAUCACCCUUCCUCAGACAUCAUCAAUCAAUGUACUUGCGGAGUUCAACAACCUCCCAGAUUGGAUCAUCAAGUCGACACCAAACACGGCUCUGGCACGCAAGUUGUUCAGCAACAGAAACACAUGGGAUGUUGUGCCAGUGGCUGCCACAACCAAGUCCAAACAAUCUCCCUCAUCUAAAGAAGUUGCAGCACUCCUACAAUCACGUAGACUCAUACGCUCCAUUGAAUCAUGUCUCACUACAUGCUUCGAAAGACAAGGCGUACAUACCAGGAAUAGAGUGAUCAAGUGGAUGGGUCCUGCAUUCCAAAGGUACUUUGAACUUAAUGCUGAUAGUAUGGUUGAUAAUGGACCUACCUUGGUGUUACUUGAUGGCAUCACACACUGCUUCAAAUCAUACCCACCUCAAGAGGAUGUGAAGGAGAUACUUCGGCCACUGGUCGACAAACUGGACAAUGAUCAACUGAACGAUUACCUCUACAUUGACACUGGCAAACCAAAAGAUACGCUACCUAUAAUCAAUGGACUGAUUGGAAUGUAUGACUUGACCAAACUACCGAGAUUCUUUGAUUCAGCCAUGAAUAUGUUGGUCACACAACAUGACUCGGACUCGAUUGAUCAGUUGACUGAGCGUAUCGUCCACGACUACCCAUCAUUGACCAAGGAGUUUGUCGAUUCAAGCAUUGAUAUGAUCAGCAGGGUGGCGCUCAACAAUCACUUCUACAUCGUGUGCCAUAAAUUGGAAAUCCUGGACCAGUCAAUGAUCAAAAAGAUAUUACUUGGUCUCAAGAUACGUCAACACUCUGUGCUCAAAUUCAUACACGCGGUCAACACUCCCAACGCAUGGAUCAUGUAUGUCGACUUGGUUGGCAAGGACCUGCGUCAACAUAGCCAGAAGAAACAAUAUCCACAUCAAAGAUACGCACAGUACAUUGAUGACCUUAUAUUCACCAAGAAGGUGUUGGCAGUGCUGGAUAAGGAGCAGUCACAUCCAGCCGCAGUAUAUCGACUACUCAUGCAUGUGUACAGUGUCCAGGAUAGCCUCACACCCGACCAACAUGUCGAGCUUGCAUAUCACUCCACCAAGCAACAGUUAUUGGCAACUCUGUCGCCAGACCACCUCGACACAACUCACUACAGACAACAAUUCAAACAAUUCAAGAGUCAAUCUAACGAUCAUACUAUAAUCGCACCUGGUCACACUCAUGAUCAACACAUUGAUAUCUCAAUAUUACCGACGUUGGUCAUAAGGAGAAUCAUUGAGAUUGUGUUGUUGGACAAUGUGAGCAACAUGGUGGUGAUGGGCAGGCUGUUCACGAGAUGGAUUGUGUCCUUGGCAACAGUGUCCAAACAUUUCCACAAGGAGGUGACGUUGGUGGUUUCCAACAGCAUAAUGACCAACCUGGAUAUACGAUCCAAACUCAAAUAUAUUGGUCAUCAAUCAUGUCUGUUCCAAACACCUCCACUACAUCUCGGUGCCAAGGACAUCAAACAUAUACCGACCAAGCAUCUGGAACAGUGCAUGGAGCGACUACAAUCACUCAUAGUGCCAUUCAGUAACCAUGUCUAUGAGCACGAUAUGGGCGAAGACCUAUACAUCCUCAUUCAUGUCCAUGCGCCAAAUGUCCAACACAUCAAGUUUGUCGAACAACCUAACUUUGACCAAUUUCACCUGGAUCUCAUUGGACCAACGACAAAGGAGUCGCGAAACAAGUACAUUCGCAUUGAUUAUCCAAACAAGUUUGUUGAUGACAUGGACUUAUAUCACACCAACUUCUUGCCAGUACUGAUCGAUCAUUAUAUGGGGAUGAUCCAGAACUCGAGGUCAUCACUCCAAUCAAUCACAUUCGAUAUGGGUACAAUGAUCAACCCGUGUCAAUUCAUGCCACAGGACUUGAUUGGGAAGGUAUCAUGUUACUUAACAUUGAAUAGUGAAUACAACUUCCCGAACCAAGGUCAAGACUAUCUGGCCCAGCAUAUCACAAAGGCCAAGUUCUCAACGGACAUGACACUAUAUCAUAUCAUUCCAAAGUUGAUCAAUAUUAGAGAGCUGAUCAUUGUACCAGGCAACAAGGUCCAGGGUCACGCCAAAUUCAAGGAUCAGUUACAACAGCUCUUGCAGACAUCCAAACAAUUGAACACAUUAAUGAUCAUUCAUCCGGACAUGAGUGAUAUCAUAUCAUUAUUGCCAGGACAUGGUGAUGAUGAGUCACAUUCAGUCAAAAACAUUCAUACUCUUAGAAUAUGUUUCACUGAUGUUGAAUGGUUUAUCAAGUCACAUACCAAUGGAACAAUCGACAAACCACAACUUAUUGGAAACCAUCAUAUCAAGUCAUUCGUCAAUACAAUACGUCUAUCUACAUUGACCCGACACCUCAACCUCAUCUACCCACCCGACCGACUCUACUAUCAUCGACCAGUCGAUCAAUCAAGUUAUGACUAUUUAACAGGCAAUGACUGUUACAGCAUUGACAAUAUACCAGAAUAUAUCAUGGUGUCUUUGACAUUCGCUGGCAAGACUAUUGUAGAGUUUAGUGAGAUGCUGACUUCUGUAAAGGGUGUGAUUGUUGGACUAAAUAUAGACUCGCCACUCGAUAAACCAUUGACACCUGGAUUGAUACCAAAGACUGUAAAGACAUUGGAUAUUGGAAGUAGAUACAUCCAUCUACUCGAGCCAGGUGUUAUCCCGGCGAGCGUCACCCAACUCAACCUUGAUUAUCGCCAAAAGUUGGAGCCAGGCUUCAUCCCAGCGUCAGUCACCAAUCUCAAGCUGCAGAGCUACAGUGAGGAUCUUGACGUCGAUGUCCUGCCCGCCUCCAUCACCAAGCUGUUCCUCGGCAACAGCUAUAACAAACCGUUGCCACCGGGUGUCCUGCCAGCCAACCUGGUCAAGCUGCAUCUAGGCCUUUGCUACAGGGUGCCAAUGGAGAACAUCAGCCUGCCGAAAUCAUGUCGCAAGGUGCGCUUGGGCUACGCCAACAACCUCAAGCCCUUUGCCAUCCCGCCUCAUGUCACUCAACUGGCCGCCCACUUUCCACCGCUGGUUGAGGACAUCAUCCCACCCUCGGUCACCAAGCUCAGCAUUGAAAGCAACUCAUCGUUGGAGGCCGGCUCCAUCCCCGUCAGUGUUGAAUACCUACGCUUUGGCACUGCGUUCCACGAGGAAAUUGCACCAGGCACAAUCCCAAACUCAGUAACCAAUAUCAAUCUUGGCGUCACCUUCAACAAUGCAAUCAAUAACCUACCCGACUCGAUACUCUAUUUGCGGAUGUCGAGCAACUUCAAUCAGCCAUUGUCGCCUGGCGACCUGCCCGCGAGGCUCGAGACCCUUAUCUUUGGCAGUGAGUUUGAUCAAGAACUUGUGGCUGGCGUUCUGCCAUCCACGUUGCAGGUGCUGGAAUUUGGCAUCAAGUUCAAUCAGGUCCUCACAGCAGGUGUAAUUCCAAACGGCGUCAGGCAACUAGUGUUUGGCGCGCGAUAUAACCAACUUUUGGAGCCUGGAUUCCUGCCCAACUCAAUCACCUACUUGGCGCUGGGCGAUGACUACAACCAACAACUCAAUCCAGGUGUCGUGCCCGACUCUGUCACGCAUCUCUCGCUGGGCCUAGCCUACGACCACGGCCAGCAACUGGUAGCCGGCAGCAUCCCCGAGUCGGUGAUCAACAUCCGAGUCAAAUGCUUCAGCUCCCACUAUCUAUUGUCAUCGCCCAACCGAGUGAUACAUGUACAGUUGACCAGAGAUAGCUUCACGCCAAUGGAGAUCAGAAUGAUCGAUGACAACACAUUACUGGCACUCAAUCGCAAGCUUCAAGGUGGAUUCGUUCCAAUCACUCGUAUCGAAAUGAUUCGCGACUACAUCCUCUCUUACAAGACCAAGUGGUGA